GUUCACGUUCUUUAUCGAUUUCCCGAAGUGUUGACCGGGCGUACCGGGUCCUUAGACGCUAAGGAAGUUCGUCGUCACUAUUGUCGAUUUCGAUGCACUCAAUUGUGCCCGGUUUGGCCACAGUGUGUCGGCUCUCUCCACCACUCCGUUCGAUGCUAAGGAAGUUCAUCGUUACUAGUGUUGUCAUCGAUGCACUAAAUUAUGGCAGAUCUGGCCGUACUGUUACUUAUGUUGGGCAGUCGAAAUAUCAAAUGCAAUAACGUCUAGAACAAUUAAACAUUUAUAUAAAAGUUAUAAAUUUUUGAUAUUUUUCAAGUAUUUAGUAAAAGAUACUGGCAAAUCGUAACAAAUACAAAUCUUACAUUUAUUUCUCGUAUAUAGUCGAGAUAAUUUUUCUUAUUCGAUUGUUGUAACAUUCUCGGAUUUAAACGUCUAUCGAUGUACAAUAACGAAUACACCUUAACAAUGUAUCCAAAAUGUACACACGAAGGUCAGCAAAGGAAAAGGCAAAGUGAACUUUUAUACAGAUAUGGAUAUUUUUUAUCAAUGCUUUUAUGUAUGAUACUUGCAUCCCUUAGACCACACCUGGGUAAAACAAACGGUGUAUUGAAUGGGAAUAUUAUUAUUCGAUACUUUGCAGUGCCUUUAACAUACCUAGAAGCAGGGUUGUUGUGUGAUCCAAAAUCUCUCUAUUUAACAUUAAGCAAUUACUCCCUUCUAAUAUUUACAAUGAUCUUUAUCUAUGUCCUAAUGCCCUCUUUGAUGAAGCUUGGAGUAUGUUUCUUGACUUAUGCAGAUGUUAAUAUAUGGAUGUUAAAGGGAAUGGAAGUACUUUACUGUAUGCCACCUCCAUUGAAUACAAAUCUUGUUCUAUGUAGAUUGGCACAAGCAGAUUUGUCAACAAGUAUUGUAAUAACUUUAGUUUCUCAUUUUGCAGGAUUAUUCAUAUCUCCUGUAUUACUGUACUUUGUGUUAGGAGCAUCCACACCUCCUUUGGUCGGCGUUAAUGUCAGAGAAACCAUUUACAGUACAAUUGUACCACUAGCUAUCGGUAUCGCGAUUCAAGUCACUAUUUUAAAGUAUGAUUUUUGUUUUAAAAUUAAGUCGCCAUGGUUUUCUCAAGCAUUGUUAUUAGCUACAGCAUAUCACUGGUUUUGCGAUGCUGUAUCAAUAGAUGCAUCAUCUUUACAAGCCAGUGAUGUGUUAUUAUGCAUACUAAUUGCUUGCGUGGGACAACUCUUUGUUAGCUGCUUGUGUUGGAUUUUGUGCUCUCGAUGGUUACCUCGGGAUAUCUUAUUAGCUGCACUUUUUACAACUACGCACAAGUCAGUGGGUCUUGGCAGCUGGGUUUUACGUGGUGCUUACCACGGUUCGGCUCAUGGUCCGGCAGUGAAUUUGCCGCUGUCUAUACUACCAGUCGCACAAUUACUGUUAGGCAGUUUAUUAGCUAGUUGGUUGUCCCCAUAAUGUGAAUGUUAUGUGAGCAAUUUAAAUAAAUUCGUGUACAUUUUGUUACAAUUAUUUUCCAUUUAAAAUUGCAUGCGUAUUUUACUUGUUUCCCAUUUAAUAUCAAUUCUUCUUUUCAGUUA